GCUCCCGCUGCUGCUGACGGCUAAGCUAGGCUAGUCCAAAACUCCCCCAGCUAACCGUUAUCUACCCCCGUUAUCACCGCUCCCGUUAAUGUUGCCCUUCAUCCCAGCGGAGCCUUUUAUUCACCGGCACACACUGAUUUUAUAACAAAUUAUAUAUUUGGUGUCAUCGAUCGACGACCAGGUUGAUUUGGACCACCGACUGGCCCCCACUCUGAGCUAAGCUAACAGUUAGCUCUCAGCCAAAAUGGCGAACAACGAGGAUGACAGCGGUUCGACCAGAACAAUAACAGCCACGGAGCCGCCGGGGGCCGCGGCUCAGCCUCCCGCUGCUCAGUGCACCCAGCCCGGUGACAGUUUACCGUCAGCUUUCGCUGCUCAGAUCACCCAACCCGGGGAGAAUGUAAUUGCAGCGGGCGCCAACCAGAGCAGUCAGCCCGGGGAGAGCUCACAGACAGGGUCCGGAGCUGAGACCAGUCAGUCCGGGGAGAGUUCACAGACAGAGUCCGGAGCUGAGGUCAGUCAGCCCGGGGAGAGUUUACAGACAGGGUCCGAGGCUCAGCUGGCGGACUUGUUGCAGAACUGCCCAGAAGAACAGAGCAUCCUGGUGGGCACAGAGUUCACCGGGCUGGGCCCGGACCUGGUUAACACCACCAUCAUCUACGUGCAGCCGGACGGCAGCCUGGUGGAGGGCUCCGGACUGACGGCCGAGGAGCAGCAGGCUCUGCUGGAGCAGCUCACCAAGCAGCAGAUCGUCCAGGUCUCAGACACCGAGGCCGCCCAGCUGCUCCAGCAGAGCCAGCUGGUCAAAACCAUCCCGGUCCACAACACAGCCCUGGACCCGAGCCAGCUGCAGCAGGUCAUCAACCAGGUCACCAAGUCCCAGCAGCAGGUCCACGUCCAGGUCCCCCAGCAGAGUCUGAAACAGCAGGUCCAGGUCCCCCAGCAGGGUCUGAAGCAGCAGGUCCAGGUUCCCCAGCAGGUUCUGAAGCAGCAGGUCCAAGUCCCCCAGCAGAACCUGAAGCAGCAGGUCCAGGUCCCCCAGCAGAACUUAAAGACCACAGCUCAGAACAACGCCUCCCAGCAGCUGAAGAGUGUCGCCCAGCAGGUCGCCAUGCAGACCGGAGGCUCGGUCCAGGUGAUCCAGAAGAAGUCGGAGCCCGUCAGGAUCCAGAUCCAGGUUCCCCCUAAACAGGAAGUGAAGUCUGCCCCUGCCCCCCAGCAGAAGACUGUAGCUGUCAGUCAUCCGCAGGUGAAGCUGUCUUCCAAUGGCAGUACCAGCAGUGCACAGAUCAUUCACAUCCAGCCUAUGCUUGGUCAACAGGGUCAGCAGUUCAUCCUGCAGCAGAGCCCGGGGGACCCCCCCAUCCAGUUGUUGCUGCCGAGCCCCACUCCCGUCGUCGGAUCUCUGCUCCCAUUGGUCCACAAGCUCACAGGACAGACGACAUCAGCAAGCACUGUCUCCAGUGCGGGUCAGAAAUCAGCAAUAUCACCCAUUAGAGUCCAGAUCCCCUCCAUGCCCAAGACCGCCCACAUCAGAGUCCAGACCCCUUCUGUCACCAAGACCUCGCCCACCCCUGCUGCUAAGACUGUUAGUGUCCCGCUAAUUAAACCCCCUGCAAACGGCACAACCACAGCCACAAAUAAGAGUCCUGUUAAACCACCUGCAGUCGUCGCAGCGGUCCCAGUACAGACUGCUUCACCUGCUGCUGCCCGAACUGCCUCAGUGGCUCCGGCCCCUGUGACCCCGCUCCCUAUAGCCACGCCCCCAGUAGUGAAGGACAAAGAAAAGGAGAAAGAGAAGAAGGUAAAGAGGAGGGAGAAAAAGGCAGCGAAGGUCCAGACCAGAUCCGGUCGAGUCUCCAGACCACCUAAGUAUAAAGCCAAAGACUACAAGUUCAUAAAGACAGAGGACCUGGCCGACAGCCACCAGUCUGACUCUGACGACUACUCUGACAUGAGCGUAGAGGAGGAGGGGGAGGAGGGCGGGAGGAAGGAUGGCGCAGCCCCUGGUGCCUCCCCCUCCCUCACCUACAGCCACAAGUCCCGGUCCCACCGCUGCCAGACUUGCGACAAGGCCUACAUCGGUCCUGGUGGCCUAAAUCGGCAUUACAAACUGAACCCGACUCAUGGAGAGCCCGAUCCGCCCAGUAAUGAACCACGCCCACUCAGAGACGAUGACCAAUCACAGGAGACAACAACAGGAGGUGUUAGAGAGGAGGAGGAGGAGGAGGAGGAGGAGGAGAAGAAGAAAGAGGACAAACCUGCUGCCACGGCAACAAACAGAGUGGAGGGCGGCCCAGCAGCUGCUGUAGGACUUAGGGGCCUUCAUCACAGAGGCCCCGGCCGGCCCCGAGGACGAGGACGAGGCAGAGGCAGGGGGCGUGGACGGGGACGGGGAAGAUCACUGGGGCCGCCACCCAAGGUGACGGUGGGCCUUGUCAGUAGGCGGGGCCGUCGCGGCAGACCUCCGAAGCUCUCCUCCGUCACCAUGGUAACAGCGGAGCAACAGGUGGAGAGGAGACGAGACCGACUGCAGGAGCUGGUGGAGCAGUGCGAGGAUGAGGAGCUGAUGGACAUUGUUCUUCCUCGUUUGACCAAAGUGUUGAGUCUUUGGGAGCUGCUCCUGGCAAAGGUGGAGGGUGGCGGUCCGGCUCGGACUCGGUUUCCAGACAUUUACUGUGAGUUUGAGUCCCUUCAGGCACAGGUGAGACAGGCUGCUCAGGAAUACAUUGUCAGCCCGCAGAGUGGAGCCAUGCCCCUGGAGGUCAGGAACAUCGAGGUUGCCAGGUCUCUGGGGAUCCUGGAUGAACUGAACAGGAUGAAAGUGGUUCCUGGAGCAUCUCCCAGCUCCAGUCUGACUAAUAAGAACGUCCGAUACAUGGAGAAUUCCAAGAUGCUGCCGCCUUCAAAGAGAUUCAAGAUGGAAAACAGCGUUCCAGUUCACCAGAAUGGCAUCGAGACGCCCAGAGCAGUUGGGACAGCAGUGACCUCUGUGACCUCCAAUCUGAAGCCCUGCUCAGUUUCUGUCUCUCCUCUGAUGAUUCCAGCUGCAAGCAAACAGCUGACCACCACUGCUGACUCCACCUCCAGCUCCUCUGGCUCCACCUCUGCUAAGAUGCCCUCCACUCAGGCUCCACCAGCUGUCACGCCCACGCCCAUGGAGGUGAGCCCAGGUGAGGACCAGCCGAUGGGGCCUUUAAAAACCGACGCCCAGGUGGAGCCUCCGAAGACGGUCGCCCAGUUGACACCUCUGAAAACCGACGCCCAGGUAGAGCCUCUGUUGGCCAGCCAGGACCAGGUCCUGAGCACCAGUGACAUCACAGCCCAGAUGAAGGUGCUGGAGAAAGCUCUGGAUUCAAGCUCCAAAACCACCGUAGAUUCAAAGACACCUGAGUCCAGCUCCACCCAGACCCCUGAGUCCAGCUCCGCCCAGACCCCUGAGUCCAGCUCCACCCAGACACCUGAGUCCAGUUCAGUCCAGACUCCGGCUUUCUCUUCACUCCAGCAGAAAGAGUCAGGCUCAGCGGAUCCCUGCGAGCCCAAAGAGCUCCAGGAGGGUCAGGAAAUUUACAUCCAGACCGAGGGGCUGACAGUCCAGCUGGCAGAGCCUGGUUUAGACCGGAUUGUGAUUGUGAACGGUCCAGACGGGACCACCAUGCACAUCCAGACCCCAGAGGGUGUCCCCCUGGAGGCAGUUCAGGCCCUGCUGGGCAUCGAGGCUUCCGAUGGAGCCAAAGCUCCUCAGUGAACCCUGAACAGAACCUUAUCACAUCACACUGACAGUGUACAGAUUAGAACUGUGAGGGGGCUCUAACAGAUCUUCAGACUGCUGGUUUGUGGUUUCAGGUGUGUCAGUUGAACUGUUCCGUUAAUGUCACACCUGGAUUGUUUCAGUUGGACUCGUUCUACUUCAGACCGAACACAAGUUGAAGAUCUUCCAAAAGACACCAGAAGUUUUUCUCCGAGAUCGUCCAAACUCUGUUCAGCUGCCGUCUGUAGUCGACUUUCUCAUUAUCUAGUUCUCUUGAUAAAUUUUCUUUUGUGGUGCUCAUGUCUAAAAUUCAA